AUGGAUGACCCCCGCAACGAAGAACCAGCCGCUCCGGCAUCCGAAUCGUCGCCCGGCCAAGGGAUGGAUUUCUCAGCAAGCCUGAGGCGGAGAAAGGUGCGCAAGGGGACGAGGUCUUGUUGGGAAUGUAAGCGCCGGAAGAUCCGCUGUAUGUUGGCAUCGCCGGGGGAUGCCGCUUGCAUCGGCUGCCAACAUCGCCGUGUACCCUGCGUGCCCCAGGAGCUGCCGGGAGACCUGUCUCCGUCUCCGGCCAAGAAGGACAACCAUAACCAGCGUCUCGGCCAGCGCAUUGCCCGGGUCGAAAACCUCAUGAAAGAUUUUCUUGCGAGCCGGCAUGAUGAGCGCGAUGAGAGUGAUGAAAGCGAGCCACGCCGGGGGCGAAUUGCGCAGGGCUCCGGGAGCCCAGAUGCUACGAGGCCUCGCUCUUACGAGUCCUUGCACACUUCUCCAGAGGGGUUGAGAGGGUCCACUCCGAAUCCAUCUCUCCUCACGCCGGACUCGCAAGAUGUCUCGGUCGACUGCCCGGGGUUAACGGAUCAGGCCGAGACUGAAACCGCCCUCCGCAAUCUGGCGGCUGCUCUCCCGUCCGAAGCUGAUGUCAGGAUCCUGCUCGCGGAGAGCCUCCGGCCCUCUCGUUACACCCACCUCAUCAACACACAGCCGCAUACCAGGUUGACUCUGGAGGCGCUGGCCGCACCGUACCGCUCAGCCGAGAUUCUAUGUCUUGGUCCUAGCAUGCAUCCAGUCAUGUUGGCCAGGCUGAUGUUGACUUUUGCCAUCACCUUGCAGAGUCCAUCGGGACAGAAGGCCGAGGGCCUCUCGGAACCGCACAGCAUACUGGCCCGCCGCUUGGUGACGGCUGCCAGGACGUGGGUGACCACCAAGGAAGGGAUGCAUGGCUCUCUCGAGUGUCUGAUCUGCAUUCUGCUGGAGGGGGCGUACGAAGUCAACUGCGGCAAUCUCCGGUGGGCCUGGGCCGUCUACCGCAGGGCAAUGACAGUCGCCCAGCUGAUGGGUCUUCAUCGCUCUCCCGUCCCGCCGGUCAAGCGCGUCGACCCGGAGUUGGAUGCCGAUCCCGAGUUCAUCUGGUUUCGGAUUGUGUACAUGGACCGCUACCUCAGCCUGCUACUCAGCCUACCUCAGGGCACGUCGGACAAGACCAUGGGCGCCGUGUCCGCCCUCCGGCAUCAACCGCCGCUCGGCAAGUUCGAACGACUCCUAACGGCCAUUUCGUCGCGCAUUUUGGAACGCAACGAAAGCCCCUUUUCCCCGAGCCAGAUAUCGACCACACAAUCCAUCGACGCCGAGCUCCUUGCCGUGUCGAGGAGCAUGCCAGCAACCUUUUGGCGCGCUCCUAAUUUCCACAACCUCACGCCAGGGUCACCCGACACCCUGCUUGAGACGCUGCGCCUAUCAGCUCACGUUUACUACCAUGGCCUGCUGAUCCAGCUCCACCUGCCAUACAUGAUGCAGGUUGGCGAGAACUCGGUGCACGAGUACUCCAAGAUCACGUCGGUCAACUCGAGCCGGGAGAUCAUGACGCGCUUCAUCGCCCAUCGGAGCUUUAACCCUAUGUCGUCGUGCUCGCGGCCUGUCGACUUUUUUGCUCUCCUAGCCGCCAUGACCCUCCUUCUUGCUCAUUUCGACGCCCAUCACCACCGCGAAGCCACCAACAUGCUGGCCCACCAGCGCCUCAGCGACCGUGCCAUGCUGGAGCAGGUCUUGGAGCGCAUGGAUGUGACGCGGGCCAUGAACAUUGGCGACGAUGUGAUUAGUGAAAAGAGUGCCCAGCUGAUACGGCGCCUACUCGAGAUUGAAGCCGACGCCGCGGAUGGGAACAGCUACAAGACUGACAGCGUAGAAGGAGGGGACGAAAGUAAGAGUGAAGGGGAAGCCCUGCGACUGAGUAUCCCGUACCUUGGAGUCAUCAAGAUCUCCCGUCAAGGUCCAAUCUCCCGGGAACUGUCAGUUGGGAACGCCGUGUCUCGGCCGCACCAGACGCGUCAGGACGAGGCAACGCAGAGCGAGCCAUCGGGAACAUCUGGCGAAUCCUCUAGAUCUCUGUCCGGUGCAUCACUUUCGGAUGGCCUGUCCGUUAGUCAUUUUCCAAGCCCCCAGUUACAGCCGCCCUGGUAUGGACAGUCAGUGAUGCAAUGUCCCAAUUCCAGCUAUGAUACUAUGAUUCUGCGGAAUCAUCCAGCGCUUCCUCCGAUUACAGCCGGAAUCCAUGACUGGCCGUUGCAGGGCGUUGACAUGGCCUUCUUUGACGGCCUGAUGAGAGGAGCAACCUGUCCGGAUGGUGUUCGAUUAGAGCCAUAA